UGAAGAGCCAUUUCAUAAGUGAAAAUUUAAACUAUAGAUAACCUGAAGAAUUUCCAACUACAAAAAUCCAUAUUCUCAUCUGUCUCUUGAUAGAAAUAUGAAAUAAAAAUAAGAUACUGAAAGUGUCCUUGAGUUUUCUGUUCCCGGCAAACUCGAGUACUUUCACGAUGCCGUCGUUUGCAGGUUUGGACGUUGACGAUGAGGAAAUUAUUCCUGAUAUUCUGGACCAGAAACCCAAAGUUGAAGACCAUCUGGGUUCAACAAUUAUAGUGGAUGGAUGUCCUGUUGUUGGCCCAGCUAAAUUCGAGCUUCUUAAAAAGUUUUUGCUAGAUAAAUUUUCGAAAAUCGGCCCGAUAGUAGAUCAUGAGUUCCCUUUGGAUAAUGAAAAACAAACAAAAGGAUAUAUUUUCAUUACCUACGAGAACGGAAAGGCAGCAUCACAAGCUGUCCGAACCAUGAAUAAUGUUCCUCUGGACAAGAAUCACACUUUCCAGGUUACUCUAUUGUCAGAUUUCGAACGAGUAACAAAUGUUCCGACUGAAUGGGUACCUCCACCCAAACAAGAAUAUAAGGAUUUAGGUAAUUUAAAGAGCUGGUUGUUGAAUGAGUUUUGUCGGGACCAGUUUGCGGUUGUCUACAAUGAUGGUGAAACUGGAUCCGUUUAUUGGCAUACUGCUGUCGAACCAGUUGUGGCUGAAGAACGGGCUCAUUGGACUGAUGGGUGGAUGCGUUGGUCACCCAGAGGGACUUAUUUGGCAACAAUGCAUUCUUUGGGUAUUAUUUUAUGGGGCGGUGAGAAGUUCCAAAGAAUCGGUCGUUUUCCCCAUUCAGGUGUCAAAACAAUAGAAUUUUCACCCAUGGAACAAUUUAUGAUAACUUUGAGUCCAAGUCCCAACUUUCCCACCGAUGAACGUGCAGACGCAAUCGUGUGGGAUGUGAAGCGCUGUGUUAGUCGUCGAGAGUUCUCCGUUCCAAUCGAUUUCCAUCCGGCCUUCAAAUGGUCUCCAAAGGAUGAAUAUUUUGCUUGCUUGCGAGACGGUGUCAUUAGUAUUUACUGUGCUAGCAAUUUUAGACUUUUGGAUAAAAAGAAAAUUGGGGGCAAUAUUCGUGAUUUUUCUUGGUCACCGUCUGAUAAUAUUUUAGCGUACUGGGUACCUGAAUCUGAUAAUACUCCAGCCAGAGUUGUUCUUUUGGAAGUACCAAGUCGUCAGGAACUAUGCACAAAGAAUUUAUUUUCCGUAGCUGAAAUCAGUCUUCUAUGGCAUGAACAAGGUGACUUUUUAGCUGUUCAAGUAUUAAGGUGUGCAAAAAAGAAGUUGGACGGUGAAAAGCAAGUUAAAUAUGUGGGUACCUACACCAAUUUUGAAAUUGUUCGUUUAAGAGAAAAAUUAUAUCCUGUUGAUCAGCUGGAAGUUAAAGGCACUGUAUCGAAUUUUCAAUGGGAACCUUGUGGUACACGUUUCGCUUUCUUACAAUCUGUAACAAGUGGAAAAUUGUCAAUCGCUAUUUAUGAUGUAUCUCGUGGAACUAAUGUUCGCGAAGUUACUGUUCUUGAUCUUGCUUCACCUCGAACCAAUGAUCUUCGUUGGUCAUCUAAGGGUGGGAUUAUUGUAGCAGCAGGUUUAAGAAGUGCUGAUGGUAUACUGGAAUUCAUUUCAGCAAAUGAGGGUCAGAUUUUAGCUAAGGGAGAACAUCCAACUGUUAGUGAUAUACAAUGGGAUCCUACAGGAAGGUAUAUAGCGACAACAGUAAGUAGUUUCUAUCAGAAGAAUGAUAAUGCAAUAUGGUUUUGGAAUUGUGUGGGUCGUUGCUUGUAUAAAAUGAAUUUGCGUGGAAUUCGCACUUUCAUCUGGAGACCACGACCACCUACACUACUCAGCGCUGAACAGCUGCAGGCUAUUAAAAAGAAUAUGGCAAAAUAUAAUUCACAGUUAGCCAACGAAGAUCGUAUGCUUGCUUCAAAGGCUAGCAGAGAAUUGCUUGAGAAACGACAAAAAUUAUUAACUGAAUUCAAUAUUUGGAAAAAUGCUAUCAUUAAAUUAUAUAAUAAAGAUGAAGAGGAACGCUUUAGAUUAAGAGGUAUGUGCGACGGGGUUCAUUCAAAGCAAGCUAUUGUUAUUUUUCUAAGUUUGGAGGAUUACUACUUAGAUGGUAAUGUAAAAUUUUUAAUUUUUAAUGAAGUUAUAAAAAAAAAUACUCAAAAUAGACCAACUUCGAUAGUCUUUCGAAUUUAUAAGCAUGAUUUUCAAUCUCAUUGUCAUCAAUUCAAAAUUACAUACAUAUAGCUUCGAAAUGAACGAGUUCUGGCGCUGAUACAUCAUCUCGUGAACCUCAAACAGAAGAAGAAUUGGAAAUUUUAAUCAGUGCUGUACAUGAAACAAUUCAUAAAAAUACAGACGAAUAAUAAAUGAAUACACUUUGUAACCAUAGUUAUCUAUCUUUUUUUCUUCUCUCUCUUUCUAUCUCCCUUAAACAAACUGUACAAAAUAAAAUCUGAAUUUAAAAAAGAUAUGAAAUUAUUGUUACGAUUUGAUUGUUCAGCAAAAUUCUUGUAAAAAAUAUAGCGAAAUGGAAAUAUGGAAAAAUUAAUUUUAAAUUCUUAUUUGCUAAAAUUGAUUGAUGGUUUGUUUGUGAAGUGUUCAGUUUUGUGUUUCCUUCUCUCUUUUUGUCUUCUGUAAUUGCGUUUCUGGUAUUUUUAUUGAUGAUUGUGUACUGUAUGAAAUUCAAACUAUGGUAACAAUUCGUAACUGUAAACCUUAUUUAUUUCGUGUAUUCACUUAUUUGGUAAAAUAACAUUUAUGAAGUGUUUGUUU